UCGAGAACUAGUCAGCUUCCAAGGAUGGAGCUAAUCUGCAAGACGGACUGCACGUCGACGGUGUUUCACAACCGGUGGGAAAUCGCACCGUUUGACUGUGAGCAGGGCGAGCAGCUGCCGUCGGAUGUGUUUCACGGAUAUUCCGCGCACGGCAGCGAUUACGAGGUGGCUUGGCACUACAUUCUGGAGGUGACGGAAUCCGACCAAGUGCUGCACCACAACCGGUUCGUCAAGAGACAUGCCGUUAAGAUAACAACGGUGAUCGAUGCCUGCAAUGCUCAGUUGGAGGCUUGCGUAGAGUUGGAGCCGGGUGUGUACCACGACAACGGUGGAAAAUAUAAAACUUUUGGUAAAACAAAAUCCGGUUUGCAGUUUGGACCGAUCGUUGUGAGCAGAGAAAAUUAUUUUCAGUUUUAUAGUCUCGAAAAGGUCACAUUUCGGUUGAAGUUCUCAAUAAUUGAGUAUUCUGUGCCAAAGAUUUCCGAGGUGUUGGAGAACUACGCAAGUCUGCUCUCAAACGAGCAGCUCAGCGAUGUAACGAUCCACGUUGACCAGAAGAAGUUCUACGCCCAAAGAGCGAUUCUCUCGGUUCGAAGCCCCGUGUUUGCGGCCAUGUUCCAGAGUGGAAUGCAAGAGUCGGCGCUGAAUCGCAUCGUGAUCGAGGACAUCGAACCGGAUGUGUUUGAGGAAGUGCUUCGCUUCAUCUACGUCGGCAAAGUGAAAGGACUGGAGCGGAUGGCCCACGAGCUACUGGCCGCCGCCGACAAGUACGUGCUGGACAGGCUGAGGAAGAUGUGCGAGGGACAUCUCGGUCGCCAUAUCACGCAGGAAACGGUUCUCAAAACACUGGCGCUGGCCGGAUUGUACCACGCGGAUGAGCUGAAGGACCAGGCGGUUCGAUUCAUUUGUAGAAAUAUCAAGACGAUGCAAUCGACGGAAUGGAAAUCGUUCGCCCACGCCCAUCCGGAUCUGGUGGCGGACAUUUUGAGUGCUAUGUCCAGCAAGUGAAAUCGAUUCAGGAAUCAUCCGCUUUGAUUUGAACAAAAAACUCCGAACCCACUGCAAAAACUACGAGCGAGAGCAACUCAGCUACUAAACGGGUAAAACAUUUUAAGCGUACACUGACAAGUCAGUGUUUGACAGCAUUGCACGCCUAAAAAGUUUAAACUUCUUGUUUAUCGAAUUUGAUUAAACAAUAAAUACGUGUUUUUUUCUUCAUAUCAA